AUGACCACCCCAGCAUGGCGUCAAGCGAACCUGGAAGCCAAGAAGAAUAGUCUCAAUGUACACGUGCUUAAUGGGUACAAAGGCUAUCUGAUGACCGACGAGAUCUACAACUGGACUCAAACUAACAUAGUGGAAGCAAACAUUGCCAAUGGAAAUGCCGAGCAGUACGUGAACAUGGCCAAACUCUCUCAGCACUUCAUCGAAUCAAACGCAGUAUUUCAGAACAUGUGGGAUAGCCUACACUUCUACUCAUGGGUCUAUGCCGAGUUCUCGCAAGUAUUCCUGAAUAUCUUGGCAGCUCAAUAA